AAUUUUGUCGUCAGGGAGAUUGACAGCGAACAUAAGCAACCUCGGACUGUGGACGGAUAAAUUAAUCAAAUUUGGAUUUUCAGAAUGCAGUGAAGUAAACAAGGAAGCAUAAACUACUCAAGAGAAAAUGGCUGAUUCAGGAGAAGCGCCUAAUGAAGAACCCCUGACCAAUGGGAUUCAGGAAGAUCAGGCCCCUGGGACUCCCAUUCAAAAUGGUCUGCCAAACGGGAACAAAUCAGAGUCACCACCAGCCAUCAAACUACCCGAGGAGACUGAACCAAGAAGUGCAUUAACCUCUGGAGCUGGUCGAAUGACUGCGACACCAGGCUCAGGUUCGCGCCAUACUACCAGUGGGGAUCUGAUGAUGAAUGGAGACCUGGCAUUGGAAAAUGGCAGCUCACCUUCAAUAGGACAUGAAGAAUCACCCGUCCCUAUUCAUAUUGAUUAUGUUGAAUUUGUUAAACAGAGAGUGAUCCUCGCAGCCAGCGAGCCUGAGAUGUGGACAGACGCCCACCAUGCAACCAUUGAUGCUUUCUUUGAUCCCGGAUCCAACGACCGACUGCUCACCGUAUUCGUCGAUCCUCAGAUGGGACUCGUCGUCAGCAACAACAUCCCUCCACAGGGAGUGGACGAGCUCAACUAUUUCAUCCGGCGGCCGGGUGUCAAGUUGACGGCGGCCAACGUGGAGAAGGCGGUUCAGUAUGGCACAGUCAGGAGUGGCCAUGUUGAAAGUUUACUGAGGAUUAUGCAUAGUAUUUUUGCUCCACUCUUCUUUGAUAACACCACCUGGCCAGACAGCAUUAAGAAUGAUUUUUCAGCACAGCUUCACAGGUUUAUGGCCAGUCUAACAGACACACAUUAUAAGAUCCAGGGUCAUACUGUUCUCUAUAUCCCUAAAGAAGGUAUGAAUAUCCCACCAGAGAAGGCUGCAAAGGACAAAGAGCUUGUACAAAGAUUAGAAACUGCUAUGGUACACUGGACCAGACAGAUCAAGGAGGUCCUGGCUUCUCAGGAUGCCAUUGAAACCUCUGAGAAUGCUGGUCCUUUGGAAGAGAUCCAGUUCUGGAGGAGCCGGUGUCAGGACCUGUCUGGGAUCAGUGAACAGCUUCAGAAAGAUGGGGUCCUGCGGGUACAGGCCAUCUUGGAGCAGGCCAAGUCAUCCUAUGUCUCGCCCUUCAAGAAACUCUCCAAACUCAUCCAGGAUGGAUCUGCUCAAGCACAGAGCAACCUCAAGUUUCUCUCCACCCUUUCUGAGAAGUGUGAAGAACUGAACAAGGCCAAGCCUGCAGAGAUUCCAAACAUGCUACCUGGUAUCAUCAACAGGGUUAGGAUGAUAUGGGUUAACUCAGACCAUUAUAAGAGCAGGGAGAGACUAACAGGUCUCUUUAGAAAGAUUAGCAAUGAAAUCAUCAAGCGUUGCUGUAAAGACAUCUCCUUGGAUCGUCUCUUUGAUGGCUAUGUGAAAUCAUCUAUAAACAGCCUUAACGAGUGUAUCGACUGCUGCAAGCAAUGGAAAGAACAGUAUUCAUGGAUCCGUCAGAUGCACCAUCGGUUUUCUCAAGAAGGCUGGGUUCUUGAUCAGAGCAGUAUCUUUGCCCAAGUCGAUGCCUUUGUUCAGAGAUGCAAAGACCUAUUAGAGGUGUGCGAGUGCCAGAUUCAUUUUGCCCGGAUGAAUGACGGGGACAAGACACCCAUGCCGACCUUUGCGGGUCAAAGGGGGCCAGAGGUCACACGAGGCUUGCUUGAGAUUGAGGCUGCGUUUGCAAAGAAUCUCCUGAUCCUGAGGAAUGUCAAGAAAACCAUCUUGGAUGUAAAGGCAACAUCAUGGCAUGACGAUUACAACAAGUUUCGUGCAGGAAUCAAAGACUUGGAGGUGAUGAUGCAGAAUGUGAUUACGACAGCCUUUGAGACUACUAAGACGGUAGAACAGGGCGUAGAACUCUUAGAUGCCUUCCAGCAUCUAUCAUCAAGAGAGGCUAUCCGUCGAACCAUUGACAAGAAAACGGUGGAGGUAUAUCAGCUCUUCAAUGAAGAACUCAAUGCCGUCAAGAAAGAAUUUACUAAGAAGGUUCCAGACCUGGGUUUCCUCAAACCUCGCUAUGCUGGCCAGGCUCAUUGGGCUAGGUCUUUGAAGAGGAGAAUAGAUAGAUCAAUGGAGGUGCUUAAUAAAGCCUAUUUCUUGCCAAACAUUGGGAGCGGUGCCGAGACCCGCACCCAGUACAGCCAGCUCAGUACCGCCCUGGAUGAAUUCAUCAGGAAGACAUUCAACGAAUGGGCUGCUACUGUCGACAAGGAAUCCAUCAAACUCCUGGACAGUCCUCUGCUGUGCCGUAGCAACGAGAAGAUGGGCAUGCUUGAUGUCAACUUUGACAGGAAUCUGCUGAAGAUGUUUAAUGAGAUCCAGUAUUGGGAAAAGCUGAUGUUUGAGAUUCCUCAUUACGUCACUGAGGUUUACCAGAAGAGAGAAGAUCUUAGAAACCUGAGAGAGAACGUCCUACUGGUCGUCAGAGAUUACAACAGAAUAAUAGCAGCCUUGUCCUUGGAGGAGAGAGGGUUGUUUAAAGAACGGAUCCGUCACCUUGAUAAGAAGAUCCAUCCAGGCUUGACCAAGCUCACCUGGGCUUCUAAGGGAAUCUCAGACUUCUUUGUAGCAGAGUGCAGAUUGCAUGCUGGAAAGGUUCAAGCAAUCGUUGAUGACUACAAGAUCGCUAACCUGACUAUCUCCCGAAACUGCAAACGGAUCAGCGAGACGUUGCUUGUGAAGAUCGACGGGAAGCGGAUCUACGAGGACAUGGAGUUUGAGGAGGAGCAGAAGCUUCAUCGUACCAACGCCACCAAACGACUUCAGAUGAUCCAUGAAGAGAUUGUCAAUACCAUGAAACAGACGUAUGAGGUGUUCAGGGCUGAUGGCCAAGAAGUUCAAGGCUACUGGCAUCGCUACACAGAGAAGAUGGACAGGAUGGUGGAAGAAGCCUUCCGUCUCAACGUCAAGUGGUCCCUCCAGGAGCUCUCUAGGGCCAUCAAUGGGGAUGGGAAGAGCACACCUAACCCUCUCUUCAGGGUCAAAGUGGUCCUAGACAAGACAAAGGUGGAGUUCUCUCCUACAUUGAAGAACCUUGCACUCAUUGUCAUGAACACCAGUAGUAAACUAACGGCUUCUGUCUCCGUCAUUCAACGGCUGCCGGACCUCUUGACCAGGAAAAGAUCACAAAAAGAGCCUAUCUAUGUUGUGAUCGAGAAUGAUGAAGAAACCAAGAAGAUACAGAAGAGCAUCAAUGCUGGAAUGCAAGCCAAUGCUCAACAUCUCAUGACAUACCUAGGUACUUGGGACAGCUACCGUGAGAUCUGGGAAGUCAACAAGGAUGCAUUCAUCAGGCGUUAUCAGAAGUGUGAGCCCCCAGUCUCAUCCUUUGAUGCUGACAUUGGAAGAUACACUGAAGUAGCGAACAAUGUCCAGAAGGAGGAGACUGUGCUCAACAUACAGUUUGUUAUGUUAGACUGUUCACCACUCAAGUUUGCACUACUCAGCCACUGUAAUGAAUGGCAAAAUAAGUUCACCACUCUCCUGGCUGAGAUGGCCAGCCAGAAGCUCUCUGAUCUUCACAAGUUCCUCCAGGAAAACCAAGAAAAACUGAGCAAGCCACCACAGACACUUGAUGAGUUAGGUGACAGCUUGGAACUGCUUGAACAACUUCAAAAAGACCAGUCCAACAUCGAAGCUCGCUUCCCACCACUCUACGAUCAGUUCUCAAUCCUGGAGAAAUAUGAUGUCCCUAUCCCAGAUAAUGUUCGAGCAACGUUGGAUGACUUAGGAAACGAAUGGGUAGCAUUCCAGCAAUGCUUGAUUGACAGUGAUGUCAUGCUCAAGAAACACAAAGAGAAGUUCAAGACAGGUCUCAUCCACUCUGCGGAAGAAUUCAAGAAAACAUCUCAUCAGCUCCUGGAAGAUUUCCAAACUAAUGGUCCGUUCAGCAGUCAGAUGACGUGUGAUGAUGCGCUGGCGUCCAUUGCUGCGACCAGGGAGAAGGUCACUGACCUCAAAGCCCAGGAGGCCACCAUCAGACGAGGUCUGAACAUCUUCAAGAUCGACCAACCUCCUUCCAAAGAAAUACAACAGAUGGAUAAGGACCUGGACUAUAUUGAGAAUGUUUGGCAACUGACCAAGGAAUGGGAGGAGCUGUGGAGCAAGUGGAAGGUUGGCAAGUUUGCUUCCCUGGUUACCACGGAGAUGGAGAUGACCGCCGGUCAACUCUUCAAGAAACUCAAUAAACUCAGCCGAGAGCUCAAGGAUAAGAGCUGGGAGAUUGUUGACUUCUCUAAGAACCGUGUUGAUCAGUUCCGUCGUACGAUGCCUCUCGUUACCGACCUUCACAACCAUGCUAUGAGAGAACGUCAUUGGCAACAAUUGCAAGACGAACUCCAGAAGACGUUUGACCACACGGCCGAUGAGUUCACCCUGGAGAAGAUCAUAGAGCUGGGGUUUGAUGCCCAUGCUGAGAAGGUGGCCGAGAUAUCAGGAGCAGCCAGUAAAGAGUUGGCCAUUGAACAAUCCCUGGCUGGUAUCAGGGAUGUCUGGGAGGAGACAGUCCUUGAUGUAUCACCUUACAAAGACAGAGGCCAUUACAGACUCAAAGCCACGGAUGAAGUCUUCCAGGUGCUUGAAGAUAACCAAGUCACCCUCUCAACGAUGAAAGCCUCCCGCUUUGUCAAGGCCUUUGAGAAGGAGGUAGACUACUGGGAGAGGACACUGUCUCACAUCCUGGAGGUCAUUGAGAUGACAUUGACAGUCCAGAGACAGUGGAUGUACCUAGAGAACAUCUUCCUUGGUGAAGAUAUCCGUAAACAGCUCCCCCGUGAGUCGGCAGAGUUUGACAGCGUCAACGCCAACUGGAAAAUCAUCAUGGUCAGGUUACACAAGGAUAACAAUGCUCUACGUGGCACUCAUCAUGAAGGUCUGCUUGAAACUUUGAAUGAGAUGAACAACAAGCUUGAGGAGAUCCAGAAAUCCUUGGACAUGUACCUAGAGACCAAGAGACAGAUCUUCCCUCGGUUCUACUUCCUCUCCAACGAUGACCUUCUGGAGAUCCUCGGCCAGUCCAAGAAUCCUGAAGCAGUUCAGCCUCAUCUGAAGAAGUGCUUUGAUAACAUCAAGACUCUUAAGAUGCAUAAGAUGGGUAUCACCCAGAAGUUUGAGGCUCAAGGAAUGUAUUCAGCGGAUGGAGAGUAUGUGGAGUUUGGUCACCCAGUUCUCCUUGAAGGCCCUGUUGAGGCCUGGCUGUGCGACAUUGAGAGAACAAUGAGAUGGACUCUGAAAGAUAUCUUGAAGCAGUGUAAGAUUGCUCUGAAGAAGAGUCUUAGCAAGAGAGACAAGUGGGCCAAGGAAUGGCCUGGACAGAUGCUGAUUACAUCAAGCCAGAUGCAAUGGACAGCCGAUGUCACCAAAGCUCUGGCGACCACCAAGGAAAGAGGAGACAAGAAGGCUCUCAAGAGCAUGAAGAAAAAACAGAUUUCCAUGCUGAACAAGUUCUCCGAGAUGAUCCGAGGCAACCUUCCCAAGAUGCUGCGUGCCAAGGUGGUAGCCCUGGUCACCAUUGAAGUCCACGCCAGGGAUGUGAUUGAGAAACUGAUCAAGGCCAGUGUGAACGAUGUCACAGCCUUCGAAUGGCUGAUGCAGCUUCGCGUCUACUGGGAUAAGGAGAUUGAUGACUGUGUGGUGAGACAGACCAACACGCAGUUCCAGUAUGGUUACGAGUAUCUGGGUAACUCAGGACGUCUGGUUAUCACUCCGUUGACUGACAGAUGCUACAUGACCCUAACCACAGCUCUUCAUCUUCACCGUGGUGGUAGCCCUAAAGGACCGGCCGGUACGGGUAAGACCGAGACUACCAAGGAUCUUGGUAAGGCUUUGGGCAACUAUGUCAUCGUUGUCAAUUGUUCUGAAGGUCUGGAUUUCAAGUCUAUGGGAAGGAUGUUCUCCGGUCUAGCUCAGACUGGUGCCUGGGGAUGCUUUGAUGAGUUCAAUCGUAUCAACAUUGAAGUAUUGUCUGUAGUAGCCCAACAGAUCCUGUCGAUCCUAUCGGCCCUAGCUGCCGGGUCGUCUCGCUUUGUAUUUGAGGGACGUGAGAUUAACCUCGUCUGGUCAUGUGGUAUUUUUAUCACCAUGAAUCCUGGAUACGCUGGUCGUACUGAGUUACCUGACAAUCUGAAGUCUAUGUUCAGACCUAUCUCUAUGGUUGUUCCUGACUCGGCUUACAUCGCUGAAAUCAUCCUCUUUGGAGAAGGAUUUGGCAAUACCAGGGUGCUAGCCAAGAAAGUCCACACCCUCUACUCCCUGGCCGUACAGCAGCUGUCCAAGCAGGAUCAUUAUGACUUUGGUCUCCGUGCCCUCACCUCCGUGCUCCGCUACGCCGGGAGGAAGAAGAGAGGAUUCCCUAAUGUUCCUGAUGAAGAGGUGCUCUUGUUGGCUAUGAAAGACAUGAACGUUCCUAAGAUGACAUCCACAGAUCUUCCCCUCUUCAAUGGCAUCGUCUCGGAUCUCUUCCCUGGAAUUGAUGCUCCAGUCAUUGAUUACGGCAAGAUGAAAUCGGUGAUUGAGUCUGAGCUUGUCAAGGCCGGCCUACAACCAAUCCAGUCAUCUAUCCUCAAGGUCAUACAGCUCUUUGAGACCAAGAACUCUCGCCACUCUGUCAUGAUCGUCGGUAAGACCAACAGUGGCAAGACUGUGUCCUGGCGCAUCCUACAGUCCACACUAUCCAGACUGAAGAAAGAAGGCGAUGACAGCUACAAUCUUGUCAAGGAGUUUCCAAUCAAUCCUAAAGCUCUGUCUUUAGGAGAGUUGUAUGGAGAGUUUGAUCUGAACACUAAUGAGUGGACAGAUGGUGUCCUGUCUUCUGUGAUGAGACAGACGUGUGCUGAUGAGAAACCUGAUGAGAAAUGGCUCCUCUUUGAUGCACCUGUUGAUACCCUGUGGAUUGAGAGUAUGAACUCUGUUAUGGACGACAACAAGGUCUUGACCCUCAUUAAUGGUGAACGUAUCGCUAUGCCCGAUCAGGUGACCUUACUGUUUGAGGUUGAAGAUCUGGCUGUAGCAUCUCCUGCUACUGUAAGUCGUUGUGGUAUGGUGUAUACCGACUACGCCGACCUUGGAUGGCAACCUUACGUCACUUCAUGGCUCUCCAAGAUCAAGGACAAGCAACAACAAGACAUCAUCCAGCAUCUGUUUGAUAAAUACCUGAUGAAGAUACAGGACUUCAAACGUCACAACUGCAAGGAGCUGGUGGCCAUCUCGGAGCUCAACGGCGUUGCUUCGUUCUGUAACCUCUACUCUGCUCUUGCCACAGAAGAAAAUGGAGUCAAUCCAGCUGACAAGGACAACUAUGAGCGCAUGAUAGAACUCUGGUUCCUCUUCUGUCUUAUCUGGUCUGUCGGCUGCACCGUCGACGAGGACGGACGCAAGAAACUGGACAACUACAUCCGCGAGAUCGAAGGCACCUUCCCCAACAAGGACACCGUCUAUGAGUACUAUGUGGAUCCCAAAGGGAAGAGCUGGUCCCAUUGGGAAGAUAAACUAAGGAGUGGAUGGAGAUAUCCUAAUAAUUCACCUUUCUACAAGAUCAUGGUUCCCACUGUGGACACGGUCCGCUACAACUUCAUCAUCCAGGCCCUGGUCCAACGGGAGAACCCGGUCCUUCUUGUUGGUCCCGUUGGUACCGGCAAGACCUCGGUAGCCCAGAGUGUGUGCUCCAAGCUUGACCCUCAGACGUACAGUGUAUUGACCAUCAACAUGUCUGCCCAGACCACGUCCAACAACGUCCAAGACAUCAUCGAGAGCAGGGUUGAGAAGAGAACCAAGGGGGUGUACGUGCCCAUCGGUGGUAAGAAGCUGGUGACCUUCCUGGAUGAUUUCAAUAUGCCUGCCAAGGACACCUUUGGUUCUCAGCCUCCUCUUGAACUCAUCAAACUCUGGGUGGACUAUGGUUUCUGGUACGAUCGACUCAAGCAGACCACCAAGUUUAUCAAGGGCAUGCAACUUCUUGCCUCCAUGGGUCCACCUGGUGGAGGUCGUAUGGUGAUCUCUAAGAGACUACAGAGCAGGUUUAACCUUAUCAACAUGACAUUCCCAAGCGACUCCCAAAUCAAGCGUAUCUUUGGCACCAUGAUCAACCAGAAGCUUCAGGACUUUGAGGAGGACGUGAAGCCUAUUGGGGACGUGGUCACCCAGGCAACGCUGGAGGUUUACCAGAGUGUGGUCCAGAAGUUCUUACCAACCCCUGCCAAGAUCCAUUACCUGUUUAACCUGAGGGAUAUCUCCAAGGUGUUCCAAGGCAUGCUCAGGUCACACAAGGAUUUCCAUGACACCAAGGCGUCCAUCACGAGGCUCUGGAUUCAUGAGUGCUUCAGGGUAUUCUCAGAUCGUCUUGUGAACGAUCAGGACGUGGAUGGCUUUGUUAACAUCAUCAGUGAGAAACUAGGAACUCUCUUUGAUCAGACCUUCCAUAAUAUCUGCCCCAACAAGCAGCCCCCAAUCUUCGGUGACUACAUGUCCCAGUCAGAGGUACCCAUCUAUGAAGAUCUUCAGGAAUUCUCUUCUCUGAAGAAGUUCAUGGAGGAUGCCUUGGAAGACUACAAUGCCACACCUGGUGUUAUCUCAAUGGACCUGGUCCUCUUCAGGGAUGCUAUCGAGCACAUUUCAAGAAUCAUCCGCGUUAUUGGUCAGCCCAGAGGUAACAUGCUAUUGGUCGGUAUUGGUGGGAGUGGUCGCCAGUCUCUCACCCGUUUGGCUGCAGCCAUUUGCGAAUACACAACAUUCCAGAUCGAAGUUACCAGACAUUAUCGCAUCAUUGAGUUCAGGGAUGAUCUGAAACGUCUGUACAAGACAGCUGGAGUGGAGAACAAGCCCACCAUCUUCCUCUUCAACGACACCCAGGUCGUUGACGAGACGUUCCUUGAAGACAUCAACAACAUCCUGUCCAGCGGAGAGGUGCCCAACCUCUACAAGUCUGAUGAGUUUGAGGAGGUCCGUACCGAGCUGGCGGAGUCGGCUAAGAAGGAUGGUAUCCAGGAUACUCCAGAGAGCAUGUUUGCUUACUUCAUUGAGAGAGUGAGGACCAAUCUACAUGUGGUGCUUUGCAUGAGUCCUGUGGGGGACCCGUUCAGGAACCGUAUCCGUAUGUAUCCAGCCUUUGUAAACUGUACCACCAUCGAUUGGUUCUGUGAAUGGCCAAAGGAAGCCUUGACAGAGGUUGCUGAGAAGUAUCUAGAGUCUGUCAAUGUCGGAGAGAAUGAACAGUUGAAGCCCAACAUUGCCCAGAUAUUCUGUACCAUGCAUCAGUCUGUUGUGCAAAGCUCUAAUCAGAUGCUGUUUGAGCUCAAACGUCACAACUACGUCACACCAACCAACUAUCUGGAGCUUGUUACGGGAUACAAAACGCUGCUGUAUGAGAAGCGGAAGGAACUUGGUGAUGCUGCCAACAAGCUCAAGAAUGGUCUGUCUAAGAUUGACGACACCAGGGCCAAGGUUGAGGUGAUGUCUGUAGAGCUGGAGGAAGCAAAGGUCAAGGUGGCUCAGUUCCAGAAGCAGUGUGAGGAAUACCUGGUGGUCAUUGUCCAGCAAAAGAGAGAGGCUGAUGAACAACAGAAGUCUGUGCAAGCCCGUAGUGAGAAGAUCGGUGAGGAGGAGGUGAGAUGCAAACAGAUGGCUGAAGCCGCACAGCAGGAUCUGGCUGAAGCUCUCCCUGCUCUUGCAGAAGCUGUCAAGGCCCUGGAAGCCCUGAACAAGAAAGAUAUCGGUGAGAUCAAGUCUUACGGUCGACCUCCCGUCCUGGUGGAGAAGUGCAUGGAAGCAGUUAUGAUCCUGAAGGGGCAUGAACCAACAUGGGCCGAGGCGAAGAGACAGCUAGGUAACCAGAACUUCAUCAAGGACUUGAUCGAGUUUGACAAGGACAACAUGUCCGACAGGGUCCUGAAGCGCAUCGGGCAGUACUGCUCCCAACCGGACUUCCAACCUGAGAUCAUCGGCCGUGUGUCCCUUGCUGCCAAGUCUCUCUGCAUGUGGGUGAGAGCCAUGGAGGUCUAUGGCACCAUCUUCAGGGUGGUAGAGCCCAAGAAACAGAGACUGAACAACGCCAUGUCAACCCUGGCUGAGAAGCAGGCCAUCCUGGCUGAAGCAAAGGCCAAGCUGCAAGAAGUGACUGAUCGCAUGGAGAAUCUGAAGAAGCAGUACGAUGAGAAGCUAGCCGAGAAGGAAGAUCUGAGGAUCAAAGCCGAGCAGAUGGAGAUCAAGCUUGACCGUGCAGGAAAGCUUGUGUCUGGACUGGCUGGAGAGAGAGAUAGAUGGGAGCUCAACGUCCAUGAUUUAGAAGAGAACAUGGUUUACUUGGUUGGUGAUUGUCUAGUGGCUGCAGCCUUCAUGUCCUACAUGGGUCCUUUCUUAUCAAACUACAGAGAUUAUCUUGUCAAAGAAGUCUGGCUCAAAGAUGUGAGCAAACUUGGUAUCCCUCGAAGCCCAGACUUCAGCUUCUCCACCUUCAUGUCAAAGCCUACUGUUGUGAGAGACUGGAACAUGCAAGGUCUACCCUCAGACGCCUUCUCAACGGAGAAUGGUGUCAUUGUAACCAGGGGCAACAGGUGGCCGUUGAUGGUUGAUCCCCAAUGCCAGGCCAUCAAGUGGAUCCGUAACAUGGAGACCAAGCGCGGCUUGAAGAUCAUUGACCUUCAGCAGAGUGACUUCCUGCGUACCCUGGAGAAUGCCAUCCAGUAUGGGUUCCCCGUGCUCCUGCAGAAUGUCCAGGAGGAGUUGGACCCUGCCCUGGCUCCUAUCCUCAACAAGUCUAUCAUCAAGCAAGGUGGUAGGUUGAUGAUCCGUCUUGGAGACAAGGAGCUGGACUACAACCCGGACUUCAAAUUCUACAUCACCACCAAGCUGAGCAACCCCCACUACACCCCGGAGAUCUCCACCAAGACCACCAUCGUCAACUUUGCCGUCAAGGAGCAGGGCCUGGAAGCCCAGCUCCUGGGUAUCGUGGUGCGGAAGGAGCGGCCGGAGCUGGAGGAGCAGAAGGAUAACCUGGUGAUGAACAUCGCUGCGGGAAAGAAGAAACUGGUGGAAUUGGAAGAUGAGAUUCUCAGGUUAUUGAACAAUGCUCAAGGAUCUCUUCUGGAUGACGAACAGCUGGUGAAUACCUUGCAGUCAUCAAAGAAGACUUCAGAAGAAGUCGGAGAACAGCUUCAAGUAUCUGAACAGACAGAGGCCAAGAUUGAUGCUGCUCGUGAGGGAUAUCGUCCAUGUGCCCAGCGAGCAUCCAUCUUGUUCUUCGUCCUCAACGACAUGGGACGCAUUGACCCAAUGUACCAGUUUUCGCUGGACGCCUACAUUGAUCUCUUCAACGUAUCCAUUGAUAAGAGCCAGAGGAGCCCACAGUUGGAGCAGCGAAUUCUCAAUCUGAAUGAGUACCAUACCUACGCUGUAUACAGGUACACCUGCCGUGGUCUGUUUGAGAAGCACAAGCUUCUCUUCUCCUUUCAGAUGUGUGCUAAGAUCCUGGAGGCCGCUGGAAAGCUCAACAUGGAUGAAUACAACUUUUUCCUCAGAGGUGGUGUGGUUCUUGAUAGAGAGGAACAGAUGGAUAAUCCUUGUAGUAAUUGGCUUGCUGACACCUCUUGGGAUAACAUCACUGAACUUGAUAAACUGGCUAACUUUCAUGGUAUCGUACAGGCCUUUGAACAGUAUCCCAGGGACUGGCACGUGUGGUAUACCAGUGCAGAACCUGAGUUAGCAGGUCUCCCAGGUGAAUGGGACAAUGCUUGCAACGAGCUCCAGCGAAUGUUGAUUGUUCGUUCACUCCGUCCGGAUCGUGUCUCCUUCUGUUCAACUUCCUUCAUUGUUAACAACCUCGGUUCCAAAUUUGUUGAGCCACCUGUUUUGGACAUGAAAGCCGUCCUGGAGGAUUCCAACACCAAGACGCCUCUCAUCUUUGUACUCUCCCCGGGAGUUGAUCCUACAAGCAUGCUACUCCAGCUGGCUGAACAGAGUGACAUGAGCCACCGAUUCCAUGCCCUCUCACUCGGUCAAGGUCAGGCUCCUAUCGCUACAAGGAUGAUCAAAGAAGGUGUGAGAGAGGGCAACUGGGUAUUCCUGGCUAAUUGUCACUUGUCCCUGAGUUGGAUGCCCCAGCUGGACAAGCUCGUUGAGCAGCUACAGGUAGAAGAACCACAUCAAGACUUCAGGCUCUGGCUGAGCAGUAGCCCCAACCCAGAGUUCCCUAUCUCCAUCUUACAGGCCGGUAUUAAGAUGACCACAGAACCACCGAAGGGUUUGAAAGCCAACAUGAAGCGUCUGUACCACCUGGUCACCGAGCAGCAGUUCAGUCGAUGUACCAAGCAAGACAAGUACAAGAAACUUCUCUUUGCUCUCUGCUUCUUCCACUCUGUACUUCUGGAGAGAAAGAAGUUCCGUAUGCUUGGUUGGAACAUCAUGUACGGCUUCAAUGACUCUGAUUUUGAGGUUUCUGAGAACUUGUUGAGUAUCUACCUCGAUGAAUACGAUGAAACGCCUUGGGACGCCCUCAAGUACCUCAUCGCUGGGGUCAACUACGGAGGUCACGUGACAGACGACUGGGAUCGCAGGCUUCUUAUGACUUACAUCAAUGAGUACUUCUGUGAAAAUGCCUUGACAGUGGCAUUCUUCAAGCUUUCCUCCCUUCAGACCUACUACAUCCCCAAAGAUGGCCCACUUCAGACCUACAAAGAGUACAUCAGCAUGUUACCUGGUGUAGACCACCCUGAAGCCUUUGGACAGCAUCCCAACGCAGACAUCGCUUCACAGAUCACGGAGACCCGGACCUUGUUUGACACCCUGCUCUCGCUGCAGCCUCAGGUCUCUGUCAAGGUCGGAGAGAGCAAAGAAUCAAAGGUACUGAAACUGGCUGCUGAUGUCUUGGAGAAGAUCCCACCUGAUAUUGAUUACGAAGGCACUGAGAAGAUCCUCAAGGAUGAUCCGUCACCUCUCAAUGUUGUACUUCUGCAGGAGAUCCAACGCUACAAUGCCCUGCUUCAAGCCAUCAGAUCAUCAUUGAUAGACCUAGAGAAGGGUAUCAAGGGUCUGGUAGUGAUGUCUAGUGACUUGGAAGAGAUCUUCAACUGCAUCUAUGAUGCCAGAGUACCCCCUCUGUGGGAGAAGGCAUACCCAUCCAACAAGCAGCUUGGGGCUUGGACCCGUGACCUACUGAUGCGUGUAGAUCAGUUUGAGAAGUGGGCCACUACCGCUCAUCCACCGGUCAUCUUCUGGAUGUCUGGCUUCACCUUCCCCACCGGAUUCUUGACCGCUGUCCUACAGACCUCGGCCAGACAGAACAAUAUCUCUGUUGAUUCCCUAUCCUGGGAGUUUGUGGUUUCCACGGUGGAUGACAACAACAUCGUUGACCCUCCCAAGGAUGGUGUGUGGAUCAAGGGCUUGUUCCUGGAGGGAGCCGGCUGGGACAAGAAGAAUGCCUGCCUUGUAGAAGCCAACCCCAUGCAGCUGGUCUGCCCGAUACCAACCAUACACUUCAAACCGGUGGAGAACAAGAAGAAGAGCGGCAAAGGUAACUAUGCCUGUCCAUGCUACUACUAUCCAAACCGUACCGGGUCCACUGGGCGAGCGUCCUACGUGGUAGCUGUGGACCUGAAAUCGGGGGCUUUCCAAUCUGAUCACUGGACCAAGAGAGGUACUGCUCUUCUCAUGAGUUUGGACUACUAGUUUACAAGCUGGACUAGGUCAUGGUAUUGUAACUCUAACCUGAUGAUAAGUGUUUAAACUAGAGGUUGAAUCCCUGGGUGAAAUAAGGAUAUCAUUGUAAACUAAUGAUACAUGUUUUGAAUACUAUUUUCAUAUCUGGAUAGGGUCAUGUUUUCCUAACUUAUGCCGGUGAUAAGUUUUUGGACUGUAAGAUUAAGAUCUUUAUAAGGUCAUGCUAUGGCAAUAGUAAGGUGACGUAAUAAGUCAAUGAGAUGUGUUUGGACUUCUUGUUUAAGAUCUAGAUGUUGAUUAGAUGAAGUGAGUUUUGAUGAGGUUAAGAGAUAUGGACAAGGUCAUCUCGUUUCUCCAAUAAUGUGAUGAGAGAGUGUUACAAUAAAUUUCAGCUAAAAUUAAGACUUUUCUUUUUAAUGAUAUUCCAUGUGUGGCUUGAUGGCAUUCAGGGUAAAUGGAAAGUACAGAAGGAUUUGGUGUAACUCAAAGAGCUCAUACAAUCACUAUCUUUUUUUAAAUGGAUAGAGCUUAAUGACCGUAAAGCUUCAGGAAAAGUACAUACAGUUGAGGUCAGUUGUGACAUAUCAUGAUAGAAAAUGUAAUAUAAAUCAUUGAUUUGACAUUAUAUAUUUCUAUGAAACAAUGUUUGAAAAUAUAAUUUUCUUCAAAGGAAAUUUCACCUUAAAUAUACUUUAAUCCCAACGGCAUCCCAAUUAUGUGAAAGAGCUUAAUACGAUCUUUCAUUUGAUACCGAAUUUGUCAUGGUAGUAUUUAUAUUUCUGAAAAUAAAGUAAUUUUUACAAUGUUUGGCAAGCAAACAAAUUUCACUGAAUUCCGUGGGUGUAUGUAAACUUCAGGUCUCAACUGUAUGUACUCCAUGAUACCAUAGUAUGUGAGGCCAAACUAACACGUAAAGAGAAAAACAACAUGAAACUUUGUGUGUACUUGACCUUUGGAUAACUAUUAAGUGUUUCUAGUGGCCUCAAUAGAGCACAUUGUUACUCUAUCCAUGGUUAAAACAGGCAGGGAUUAGAUAGAGUAUUCAAACUGGAAAUUAAAACUUUGCUCGCUGUUGUGGGAUUGGUGGUCAUCGGAUGAGAAAUCUCUUACUCCCCUGUAUGCUGGCAUGACAUCAUGUUUGCACUUUUACAAGGUCAAAUUUAAUUAAAUUGAGUAAUUCAUUGUUUCUGUGUGGGAAAACGGAUAUUCCCUCAUUUAUGUUUGUCGAGAAUGAGAGGAUGUUUAUUCACUUAAUACUUGACACCUGUUGUCUAGCUACGUUGUGAUGCUGGGGUCAUAUUCGUUAUAAGAGUCUCCUAUAUAUUCUUUGAUUGCAUUUCAGUCAAAUUGUUUUAUAAUUCAGAGGGCAGUAUGCAUGAGUAAGUGGGAGGGAGGGGGGGGGGCUGUAAAGUAUGUACAUCCACCCCCCCCCCCAUAUGUAUACAGGACCUACUCUUAGUAAUGAUUUGUUUCCACUUUGUGCUUCGUAUGGAAAGUAAAAAUUCUCAUUGUCGUGGCUUGAGUUCUUGAAGUAAGGUAUAAUAUGGGAAUAGAUGUACAAACAGGUUUAUUAGUCUAUGGAAUCGCCAACAUUGGAUAUUGAUAUUCGUUGAGUGUAUCUAUGGGUCAUAAAACCAGACAAGGGUCUUGUGUGUAGAUGAAUUGAAUUAGUCAGGGUUCAAAAAGGCAUUGGGUCAUAUGAUCCAGGACAGAGUAAACAUACACUGUCAAAGAUGUAAAGCUCAAAAGGAUGCUUGAUGUCAGCCAUUUUCUCAUUUAGGCAAAUGAUACUAUUCUUACAUUGUAGGUUUGCUGUUAUAUAUGAUAACCAGUCAGAACCUUUUGUGCCUUUUCAUCCUUUUAGCUUCUGUUAUGCUUUGGUUGAACCUACUUUUUAAUAAUCCUUGCAUUUUCUCUUGGUAAAUGCAAGGCAUGAAAACUUUGAGCAUGUGUUUCUUCAGUGUUAUUUUGAUAUCGACAGUCGCUCAGAUAUCAAUGAAGAAUUUCAUGAGUUCCUUUUUAAUUGAUUAUUAAUGCAACAAAGCAUGUGCAUAAUUACAUUUUUUUGCUGUAAGUUAUGUUUCUCUACAGUAUCUGUAAGUAACAAAUGGCAAAUAGUAUUUUAUUUCUCCUAGUAUAUUUUUCAUUUAUUCUGUGCAUUAGAAAUUCACAGAGAAAAUAAGCUGGUAAAAAUAAUGACGAUCCGUCCAAAGCGAAUUAAAUGAUAUGCAUUUUCACCAAAGUGGUUCUUAUCUUGAUAAUUCAGAAAAAAUCUAUUGUAUUUAAAUUAUGUUAUUAUCUCCAUCCAAAAUGAAUUCAGUUUUUUGUACAAUAAUUCAUGUGUUUAUUGUCAAUUUGUGCUAUAUUUAUUUCAUGUGAAUACAGAAUCUUUCUAUUUGUAAAUAGAGUAAUAAAAUUACAUGAAAUGUAUGAUGUAUCUGAAGAUAUUAUACAGAGGUUUUUAAAGAAAGUUGAUUUGAAUUUGUAUUCAAUUUAUUUUGUGAUGACUUGUUUCCAAUAAAUAAUUCACCUUGACAUUGUA